AUGGGUCAGACAUUAUCAGAACCGGUGACUACAAAGCACACGGAAAGCUGUCAGAACCAGUUUCUAAAGGUUGGCUCCAGCUCUAUGCAAGGAUGGAGAAUCAACAUGGAAGAUUCCCACACUCAUAUACUGGCACUUCCCGAUGAUCCGAAAGCCGCAUUUUUUGGAGUAUAUGAUGGUCAUGGCGGUGCAAGGAUAGCACAAUAUGCUGGCAAGCAUUUACAUAAAUUUAUUACCAAGAGACCAGAAUAUGAGGAGAACAAAAUUAGUGAUGCCUUACAACUGGGUUUCAUGGACAUGGACACUGCUAUGGCUGAAGAUGAACUUCUAAAAGAUGAGCUUGCUGGAUCAACUGCUGUAGUUGUUUUAUUAAAAGAUAAAAAAAUGUAUUGUGCAAACGUUGGAGAUUCAAGAGCUAUUGCAUCAGUAAGUGGUGUAGUUGAACCAUUAUCAUAUGACCACAAACCAAACAAUGAGUUAGAAACUAAAAGAAUUGAAGCAGCUGGUGGUUGGGUCAUGUUUAACAGGGUGAAUGGCAACUUAGCUCUAUCCAGAGCUCUAGGAGAUUAUAUUUUCAAAAAAAAUGACCAAAAAAAAUUAGAUGAACAAAUUGUAAUUGCCUGGCCUGAUAUUGAAGUUAAGCCAGUUACAAAGGACUUAGAAUUCAUUGUCUUAGCAUGUGAUGGAAUUUGGGACGUAAUGACUAAUGAAGAAGUUGUUGAGUUUGUGCGUUUCCGUGUCAGCAAUGGCAUGGAGCCCGAGGAUAUAUGUGAAGACUUAAUGACAAGGUGUCUAGCACCUAAUGGUCAAAUGGGAGGUCUUGGGUGUGACAAUAUGACAGUUGUGAUAGUUUGUUUCCUAGGAGAAGGACGUACUUGGAAAGAAUUACAAGUACAGUGUUCUAAACCUUCAGCUGCAAAAUCAAAAUCAAACAGCCCAAAUAGCUCCCCAUCAUCAAGUCCCAAAACCAAGCACUAG